AAGCAAAAGGGAAUGUCUUUCUCAAGCACGGAUCCCAAUAGAAGGCGGGAAGUAUACCUAGCAAUGCUUGCUGGAACACAUUCUUUUUGUUUAGUUUAAAGCAUUUUGCUUUGUUCCAUACACAUAUCUGUCCAUUCACACCCUCGUUUAUACACGCACAAAAACUCAUUUAUUUUUACACACUCGGAUAGAAUUUAGAUUUCGCCUAUUCAGUUCUGCAACCAUCAAAACAUAGGUGUAUAUUUAACAAAGCAAAUAUCGGUUUCAAGGGGGAGGAAAUCAUAAGUUAGAUAUAUAUAAAUAUGUGUGUGAAUCGUGACAUAGUAGUUUAUCUGUUUUCCAAUGAUUGAGUUGUCUUGCCUUAAAUCUGCCUACAGUUUCUGUUAGCCAGUGAAGUUAAGUACUCUACUGAUACUCAAUCAAUCUACAAGAUCAUGAAGCCUGUAGAAAAUGGUGAAACCGUUGACAUAAACUAUCAAAAUAGCUGGUUAGGUUUCUCCCUCUCCCCGCAAAUGAAUAUAACUGUUCCUUCACACUCUCAUCAAACACACCCUUCAUCUGCUGCUGCUGCUGAAACAGUUCCACCAACGUAUUACCACCACACACCUCUUCAUAACUAUGGAAUCCUAGGUGAACAUGUUGGAAUGUUUUCUUCCUUGCCUAUCGUGCCCCUUAAAUCCAAUGUCUCGUUCUAUGGAAUAGAGGCUAUCAGCAGGUCACAAGCACAAGAAAUGGCAACUACUUCGGCAAUACCUCUGAGCUUGGAUAGUAUGUUUUACAACCAACUCUCAUGUCAUGGAUCGAACGAUCCAAAUAACCAAAACCAUGUACAAGAGAACAUCAGCAAGCAACAGCCACCAUAUUAUUCUUCCUUAAGAAACAACCAUGAUGUGAUUUUAGAAGGGUCUAAGCAGCAACUCCCUUGUAUAGCUGAGGAUGAAGUUGCUUGUCUGAAAAGUUGGUUCUCGAGGGACUUUCCUGCUUGUCAAGCGCAGGAGUCAAGGAUGUUUGUUCCUUUGGAGGAUAAUGGAAGCAAAUCUGGACCCAAUAUUGGAUCAAUAACAUAUGGGGAUUUACAUUCGUUGAAUUUGUCUGUGAGCCCUACCAGACCAUCAAGCCGUGUUACAGGUUCGCCUGCCAUCAAUGAUACGAAGAAAAGGGGGCUUGAAAUGGUGGACCAGAAUCAGAAGAAAAUAGUACAUAGGAAAUCCAUAGACACCUUUGGGCAAAGAACAUCUCAAUAUAGAGGUGUAACAAGGCAUAGGUGGACUGGUAGAUAUGAAGCUCAUCUAUGGGACAACAGUUGCAAGAAGGAGGGCCAAGGAAGGAAAGGAAGGCAAGUGUAUCUGGGGGGUUAUGAUAUGGAAGAAAAAGCUGCAAGAGCUUACGACAUGGCCGCACUCAAGUAUUGGGGACCCUCCUCUCAUAUAAAUUUCCCUUUGGAAAAUUAUCAAAACGAACUUGAGGAAAUGAAAAACAUGACGAGACAAGAAUAUGUUGCUCAUUUACGAAGGAAAAGCAGCGGAUUCUCAAGAGGAGCAUCCAUGUAUAGAGGAGUAACAAGGCACCACCAACAUGGAAGGUGGCAAGCUCGAAUUGGGAGAGUGGCUGGAAACAAAGAUCUAUAUCUUGGAACCUUCAAUAGAGGACUUAUCAGUGCAGUAGCAGUGAAUUACCUCAAAGGCAACAAUGGUGAGAAAAAGGCACGAAGAUACGCUUCCCAUCGCCCCACACGAAAAGGAUGGUGA